ACACUGUAAUGCAGGAUUUCCAGAUUUUCCAUUAAAAAACGCCAUGUUUUUUUCCUUUUUCCGGGCCAUGUACAACCCUAUUGAUGAGUGCAUUAUGUUUGCCAGGCUACCGCUAUUCUCCACUUCCCAUUUUAACGCCGUCAAGUCACACACUCGCUCACACCGCCGUCAACUUCUGUAAGCUUUAGCUUCUCCAAUGCCCCCACCACCCAACUCGCUCCCAGCUAAAGUAAGAAGAGAAAAGGACUUUCAUUCUCUUUCCUUUUUUCUUUCAAAAUCGGUAACUCAGCUCUAACUCCUCGCAUUUCUGCAACCCAACAACUGCUGCUGCUGCUGCUUCUUGUUUCAGUUAAAUGCGAGGCUUCGUUUUGGAUUCCCGCCUCAUCCUCUCCGCUUGAGAUGAUGCUCUCCCACCUGUAGCUAUUCUGAGUGUCUCCUUUCUUGCUUUCCCGAUUAUGGCUAUCCGGGGAGUUGAUUUCAAGUGGUACGAUGGCUUCUUCUUGUCCAUGCUGGCGACGAGCGUAAUAAUUGUUGCCAUCAAUUGGAAGCGCUAUCAUUUCUGUACCCACCCUCUGCACAUAUGGAUUGUGGUUGAUUACACUACCGUGUUUGUGUUUCGGCUGUUGAUGUUCAUAGAUAAUGGACUUGCUGCUGGAAUGGUAUUGGAUUUUGGAUGGCAGCAGAGAUAUGCCCUUUAUUGUGGAAGAGUGGUGGUUAUUUCAAUCUUGUCGAUGAUGCUCUAUCCGUUUCUAUGGGCUUGGACUGUGAUUGGAACACUUUGGUUCACAAGCGCAAGAAAUUGUUUGCCAGAAGAAGGUCAGAAAUGGGGUUUCCUUAUUUGGUUGCUGUUCAGCUACUGUGGACUCGUAUGCAUUGCUUGCAUGUGUAUUGGAAAGUGGCUAACUAGAAGACAAGCACUGGUUGCACGGGCACAGAAUGGAGUUCCUGUUACAGAAUAUAGGGUUAUAGUCGACAUGAUCCAGGUUCCGGACUGGGCAUUUGAAGCUGCUGGUCAGGAAAUGCGUGGUAUGGGUCAAGAUAAUAAUACUGCAUACCACCCGGGACUUUAUUUAACUCCUACUCAGAGAGAAGCUGUCGAAGCUCUGAUUCAGGAGCUACUAAAGUUCAGGCUAAAGGUUGUUCCAACAGAUUGCAGUGAAUGUCCAAUCUGCCUAGAAGAGUUUCGUGUUGGGAAUGAGGUUCGUGGCUUGCCUUGUGCCCACAAUUUUCAUGUUGAGUGCAUAGACGAGUGGCUGCGGCUGAACGUGAAAUGUCCGAGGUGCAGGUGCUCGGUGUUUCCCAACCUCGACCUCAGUGCCUUGUCCAAUAUAGAGAGGUCUUCAACACCAACCACUGUAACUACUUCCACCCAUUACAUGAGGUCACAACCUGCAAGCGAAAGCUACCGAUUGAGGUUACAAGGCUUCCUUAGGCCGGUCCGUAGUGGUGAGGUCAGACCUCCAACUCCGCCAACUGAUGCAGCAAGCAAUAGUGCUGAAAGUGAUGUAGCUCUGGCAAUCGAGCAACCUGAAACGAGUGAACCAGAUGGUCAUGAUCAUGUGGGUCAGCUGAUCCAAGAUCAGCAGUAGAUAAUUGGUGUGUGAAUCUCUCGACUUCUCAACUUCUAACCAUCCCUGCUAGAGAACCAAAAUAUGGGUUUGUCCAUUAAAGAGUGAUGAUCAGCGUGGUCAAACCAAGUUCUUCCGUUUGUCAUUUGCAGCCCUGUUGUCUUGAUGCGGAACUUGCUUCAUUUUGUCUAUAAGAUCCCGUGAAGAGACGCUAGGAACUGUGUUGUGAUGUAAUGACUAAGUUCUCACUCAUCGCUAUAACUGUAAUGAUUCAAUGCAUGAUAGAUAGGAAUGGCAACAAAACCCGAACUCACGGGUACCCAUCCGACCUAACCCGGUCAACGCGGGUAAAAUCCGUGUUGACGGGUUUUGGGCUGGGUUUGGGUUUAAACCCAUUCACUAUUCACCUGGUUGGGUUUGGGUUUAGGUAAAUCUGACACAUGGGUAUCCGCCCACACCCAUAUAAUUAAUUUUCUCGGCAUAUUUCAUAUUCUAAACAACUAAUCUUAUUUAUGUUUGUGGAGACAUGCCUAAUUUUUUCUUUCUAGUUAUGUAGUAUGAAGUUGAUGUUAUCGAGUGGAGAGUGAAAAACUUAAUUGAAAGGAAGAAGCUUUCAAUUAAUCAUGUUAUUUAUG